UGUGCAUAACCGGGAUUUUCUUCUUCAGUUUCUCACGUGCCGGGUCAUGGUUGAUGAAGAGCAGUUAGAGUGAACAACGAAAAGCUAUUGCUAGAAAUCGGUCAAAGAUGGAGGAAGAUGACGUACUGAGAGAUUCAUGUGCUGUUUUUGGUUGUGUAGCAUCUCCUGAGGCAGUUGCCAAUUUCAGUUUGACGAAUCUCAUGUAUCUCGGCCUAAUGGCUUUGCAGCAUAGGGGACAGGAAAGUACUGGUAUGGUGACAUCAAAUGGUAAUGAGAUGUUUGUAAAGAAAGGGAUGGGACUUGUUGCAAAUGUUUAUGGACCAGAGUCAAUGAAGCAUCUUGCUGGCCAUAUGGCAAUAGGACACAACAGGUAUUCCACAGCUGGUAAAUCAGAAAUUGUCAAUUGUCAGCCGUUUGUUGUCAAUACCAUCCAUGGUAAAAUAGCUGUUGCACAUAAUGGUGAACUUGUCAAUGCACAAUCAUUGAGAAAAAGAAUCCUUAGGCACGGUGUUGGCUUGUCAACUGAUUCAGACAGCGAACUUAUUACACAACUAAUGGUCAGUGAGCCACCUUGUGGUGAACCUAGUGGACCACAAUGGGGAGAAAGGAUCAAGCACUUGAUGACAGUAGCAAAAUGCUCGUAUUCAAUUGUCAUCUUGACGAACGAUGGUCUUUAUGGUGUUCGUGACCCAUAUGGUAACCGUCCUCUCUGCAUUGGAAAGCUAGAUCUAUCAGUGCCAAAUGAAACCGAAAAUGGCAAAAAGAAAAUAACAGAGUCAUCAAUAUACAUCCUUUCAUCAGAAUCCUGUGCUUUUCAUUCCAUAAGAGCUAAACUUGUCCGUGAUGUUAAGCCAGGAGAAAUUAUCAAACUCUCAGAAAAUGGUAUAGAAUCUUUAGGUAUUGUCCAAAGACAACAUGAAGACUCAUUACCUGCAUUUUGCAUAUUUGAGUAUGUUUAUUUUGCACGAGCAGAUACAGUUUUUGAAAAUCAGCUUGUUUAUGAAGCAAGGAAAAACUGUGGUCGACGGUUAGCUAUAGAGGCUCCAGUUAAUGCGGACAUUGUGAGCACAGUUCCUGAGUCUGCAACGCCAGCAGCAUUUGGCUAUUCAGAACAGUCAGGGAUACCAUAUUCACAGGUUUUUGUCAAAAAUCGCUAUGUAGGUCGCACUUUUAUUCAACCAAGCAACCAUCUUCGAAAGCUGGGGGUGACAACAAAGUUCGGCCCGCUUACGCAGAACUUUAAGGACAAACGAGUUGUCCUUCUAGAUGAUUCUAUAGUGAGGGGCAAUACAAUGGGGCCAAUUAUUCAACUGCUUAUGGAGUCAGGAGCCAAAGAGGUUCAUGUAAGAAUAGCCUCUCCACCAGUAAAGCAUCCCUGCUUUAUGGGCAUAAACAUACCAACAAAAUCUGAACUAAUUGCUAACCGGAUGAACGCAGAGGAACUUGCAAAGCAUCUUGGGGCGACAAGUCUGGUUUAUUUAAGUACAGAUGGGUUGAAAAAGGCCAUUCAACAAGGCAUCAAAGGAGGAAAGGAACAAAAUGUUGGACACUGCACUGCAUGUCUUACAGGAACAUAUCCUGUUGAGCUUGAGUGGUGACGCUCUUCCAAUGGAACGCUCGUGCUUCCGUUCCAAAGAUUGCUUAGAGUCGUAAAAGCUGGGUUAGGAGUCUCCCGAUGUAGGCAGGAGUUUCCCGAUUUAGGCGAGAGUCUCCCGAUUUAGGCAGAAGUCUCCCGAUUUAGGCGGGAGUCUCCCGAUUUCAAAUCUCACCUCCCGCUUUCAGGAAUUUUUUCAUAAAUCUGUAAUAAAAUUCAAUUACGAAAAACAUGUUGUGCAAAUCAAGAUAAUAUACAUGAGUGUACGUGAAGUUUGUCACCGUAUUUACCGUAUACAUUACACUUCUGACGUUUAAUCUAUAGCUGGUAAAAUGUAUCUUGUUUGAGAGACGAACGAGGGAAAUAUCAGCAGAAUUUUUUCCGUGAGAAAAGAUAAAUUUUGUUUAGGGAUUUUUAUAGAAGAAACACAACUUCCCAUUAUGCUAACCAAAAAUAUAUACUUUCUCAGAAAAUCAAAUGAUUUAAAACAGUUUUUCCCGUAAAUUAUGCCACAAAAGAAAAAACCAACUAUAAUAUUAGAGACAAAAAUAUGCUUGACUCCUUACUAUAACAUAAAUUUUUCUAAUGAAUUGCCUCGCAAAUGUGUAAAUCUGCGUGUAUGAAUUACAACAAAGAACAACUUGAGCAUUAGAACCGGUGCAUUCGAAUGUUGUUGUCAUCUUAAUUUUCUUUUGACAUUUUUAUAGAAAGUUGAUACUUAUUAAAAAAUAGUUUCAAUCAACUGUUGUACUCAAUAUAGUAAGAUAAAGUGAAGAAAUUCAUCAUAAAUUUAGAUGUAAGAGAGUUUAUCACCUAAUUAUUUUUGUAGAAAUUUUUUACAAAUUUAGUCUGGUAUUAAUUUUUGCGGAAUGACUAAAUUUAAAUUCUUCACAGGAAUGUAUUAAAAAUCUCCCCAUUUUCAAUAUUCCUAGGUUGAAACGCCUGAUAUCUACAGUGUUUUGAAGGUACUGACGUUUUCCCCACCAAGAUAUACCUUUAGAAUACCGCCAAGAAAUAUCUUAAGAAUGGAGGCUUAACAACAGAGAAAUGUGUAGGUAGGACUGGGUUAGCAGUAGCAUAAUGCAUUUAACUAAUGUAUUUCAAUUGAUCUAAAUAGAAACCAACCAAAUGAUGCAUCGUUACCCUGUCCCACUAAACUUUUUAAGAAUGUUUUGGAGCACCAAGAUCUAUAUUAUACAUUUUAUAGCAUUUUCAGUCAAUUUUUUUAUUCAUAUUUUCCAUAGUAUUUUGUGUAAAGCAAAUAUUUCUUAGUCUCUAUUUAUUACUUUUUAAAUUAUUAUGGGUACAUCUUCCAGUUUGAAAUUAGAUUGUUAGGAGAAAAGUUUUUAAAACACCAA